AACUCUGGGGAAAAGGGGAAGACGGGCUGUGACUGAGACCCUCUGUUCAGGGACGCCUGUGCCUCUAGAUGUAGCUCUUUCCUCCUGACCCUGAAAGGAAAGAGACUAGGCUGGUGGUGGGCGGAAAUGGAACGACCUAGGGAGACAUUGGAGUCUGAUUUUACUGGUUGAAAAGUAGCCCUGUCACAGAGGUGACAGGUGGGAUUUAUUCUAGGGCUUCCUUCUAGUGGCAGUUCCAUUCAUUUGGGGAGAUUUUGUUUUAGGGCAGUUAAGGCCUUGUGGGUAGAGAGGAUGGGUAGGGAAGAAAUAUAUUUCAAAUUAAGUUGCUUAUCUCAUUUCCCUUUGGGGUGGGCGAGACACUUGCUGUUUGUGUCAUGAGACCUUUUGUGGGACCUCCUGGGCCUCCACCAGCAGGUACUGUUUUUGCUCUGUUUCACUGGGGGUUAUGGGGACAGAUAAAAGAGGGAAGGGUGUGAGGUGAGUAUACCUGGGCACAAUGGUCUCAUCCGUGGCCUAUCUUCUGCUAUGGGAUCAAGAGUUAGGGGAGAAGUUCACCCAGUUUCUGUAGGAAGCUCCUGAGGUUGUUCUCCAGAAUCAGGCCAUAACUUUGGUGGCCUCUUUCUGUGAAACUUGGAGCCAGAACUGUGGUGUUAGUGCUAGACACCAGGAUGAUACCCACUUUGUGCCACAUGUUGGUGACUACUGCCUGUGGGCAUUUAUAGUGACUGAAAGAGGCUAUGCGUGGUGGAAAGAAGGUGAGUUAUUAUCUAAUUUAUUAAAAGUUUGACGUCUUCAUGUCCCCCAGAAGGAUAGCUGCUCCCCAGCCUUCCACACAUCUGCGUCAGGCUGAAGUGUUGUGCCCUCUUCAGCUGAUUCACCUCUACACAGAUGUUAGGGGAGGUGAUGGUGACAUGCCCCGGACCUCAGCUUUCUCUGUCGGAUGCUGCAGGCCGAGAAGAGAGAAUUUCCUGCUCCAGUUUAAGAGCUACUGUUACUUCACCAACGGCACGGAGCGGGUGCGGUGCAUGACCAUACACAUCUAUAACCGGGAGGAGUACGUGCGCUUCAACAGCGACGUGGGCGAGUACCGGACGGUGACCGAGCUGGGCCGGCGGACCGCCGAGUACUGGGACAGCCAGAAGGACCUCCUGGAGCAGAAACAGGCCAAGGCGGACACGUACUGCAGACACAACUACGGGGCUGUGGAGUGCUUCACGGUGCAGCGGCGAGUGGCGCCUACAGUGACUGUGUAUCCUGCAAAGACACAGCCCCUGCAGCACCACAACCUCCUGGUCUGCUCUGUGAAUGGUUUCUAUCCAGGCCAUGUUGAAGUCAGGUGGUUCCGGAACAGCCAGGAAGAGGAGGCAGGGGUGGUCUCCACAGGCCUGAUCGCUAAUGGAGACUGGACCUUCCAGACCAUGGUGAUGCUUGAAAUAGUCCCUCAGAGUGGAGAGGUCUACACCUGCCACGUGGAGCACCCCAGCCGGACCAGCCCUGUCACAGUGGAAUGGAAACAUCCUGCACUUCAGCCAACAGGACUCCUCCGCUGAAGAACCUUCUGUCCCGGCUUCUUCAUGGCCUAAACAGGUCUCCUGCUUAGCUCUUAUUCUUCCAAAACGAGAGUGUUUAUCAGGAUCUGGUUUGCUCCUGGUUGAGUGACCCUGCAGAAAACGUCCUUCUUGCUGGUUUCCUCAGCCCCCGCGUUUGACCUGGACAUUCCUCAUAUUGUUUGCAACACCUUAUCUUCAUUCUUUCCUGGUUCCCUCUGUUUUCAAUCUUUACUGCCUCCUGUGCACCUGAUGUCAUCUUCUGUCCAUAUUAUUAUAUAAUGUUUUUCUCAAAUAAAUAUGGAGUAACAAUCAUCUGCUUCAUACAGUUUCAAGGAAAGAAGAAGAAAGAAAAGAGAAAGGGAGGAUUUCAUCGCAAAACUAUUAAUGGUUAUUAUUUAUAUUCCUCAAUUUUGGUCACUUGUGGAACUGGAGGUUUCCUUGUUUCUCUCCCUGUUUUUUCCUCGAGUUUUCUGCAUUUUGUCAUUAGGCAUGUUUUCCUGAGCUAGGAGAAAGCCCUUAAUUGACCCUAUCAUGAUGGUUUCCUGCAUCUUUGUAAUCUCAAAGAUAAGCACACUUUAUAAAAAUCUGUUAUUAUUUAAAAAUUA